UCACUGGUGUGUCAGCACGUCUGCCUCCUGGUCUGUUUCACUGGAGAGCCUCAUAUUUUUCCUGGAAGAUACUGGAACUAACACGCAUAUCAAGACCAGUGUGUAUGUGUAAUCUAGCUACUUAUUCAAUAUACAGUAUGUUGCGGCAGAACGUUGCUGAUUGUAGUUCUGUCUGGUGCAAUUGAGGAUUGAUUCCUUUUGGAGUCGAUAAAGUUACAUUUAAAAAAUGUUACCAUUUAGCAAGAUGCUCUUAUCCAGAGCAUCUGGUUCAGCAAUUAGGGUUAAGUGCCUUGCUGAAGGGCAUAUCCACAUAAUUUCCGCACCUGGUUGGCACUAUGAUUCGAACCAGCAACCUUUCCGUUACUCGCCCAACUCUCUAACCGCUAGGCUGCCUGCCGCCCUUUACCUUAUCUUAAUCAGUCCCAAUUGAGUGAUUGACUUAGUAAUUGAAGAAACACACGAGUGUAAAUGUCACUGAAAGACUAUUGUCAUGCGUCAUCGUGAUUCUUACUGGAAGGUGCAUGUUCAGUAAACACUAGUAACGUAAUGUCUAUAAUGAAGAAUGUACAAUUGAGUUAAUUCAUAGCAACAAUGUUUGUACAAUAUGUAUUGUACUCUAGUCUAGUGUACUCAACAUUGGUUUUGUUCUUGUGUUGUUAAUUUUUGUGUUAUGUUGUUAUAAAGUAAUUAAGCCUACUGUUUAUUGCACUGGCAGGAUAAAUAUUGCAAAAUUAAUUUCAAAGUGAUUCACUGAUUCACAGUGAAUAGCAUUAGUAUAUCUUGGCCUACGCUAUGAGGAAGCCAGAUACUGUAUUUUUUAAAUACAUUUUAUUUAACCUUUAUUUAACUAGGCAAGUCGGUUAAGAACAAAUUCUUAUUUAAAAUGAAGGUCUACACCGGCCAAACACUCCCUUAACCCGGGCGACGGAGGGCCAAUUGUGCGCCGCCCUAUGGGACAUUUAAGUAUUUGUAGUAAUAUAAUAUCCUAUAUAAAAUAAAAUAGCUUUUUAUUUUAGUAAAGGGUUCGUAAGAUAAAUAUGUAUUUGACUUUAAAAGGGAUGUUCUUGAUCUCUUAAUUGAAAGGUUGGUAUUAUUUUUACCCUCCAAAAGUAAUCUUUUUGCUGAGUCAUCUCAUCAGAAAGCCAGAUCCCCAGCUUUUCCUCCUCUUGGAAUGAGAGGAGACCAAAGCAUCCAGCUGAUAUAAAUCUAUAAUGAUAUACUUUAUGGAGGACUUUUAACAUUUAGACAUCAUGGUAAUACAUCCCUGACUCAUUGGCAUCUGCAAUGUACUGCAGUCUGAUUCUGAGAUACCAUUUAUGGUCAAAUGCUUGAAUUUGUGGGGAAAUUUUUUCAGGACCUGGCUCAAAAAUAUUGAACCUAUUAUAUCAAAAUAUUGAAUUUUCACAUGCAUGAUCGUGCAACAACACUGUUCAACCCUCACCUUUUCUUUACAGCAAAUACAACUAAUCUGAAAACGCACAUAGUAACACAAGAAAGCCCAAUUCAAGUGCAAAGGAGCCCAUUAUUUUUACCAUAAUAUGAAAUGUUAUGUUAGGCUGUAAAUACAGAACACUUCAUAUGAACCUAAAGUAUUGAAAGACACACUCAUUCAAGCAAGCAAUGUUACAUUUCCAAAUGGAUUCAUUAUUUCAAUUUAGAAUAGAAUAAAUAUUAUCUAGAUAUGCAUUAGGGAAGCUUGAAGAGUGUCCAAACGUUCACCAUUUGACAAUAACCAUUUACUGUAAGGACUUGAUUAUAAGCUGCAUGAAUGACAGCUAUAAUAGUUACUUUAACCACGACCUUUAAUAACUGACUAAUAUAACCAGAUGUCCAAUAUAAUAAAUAAAACAAACCACAACAAAUGUUCAGCCAAAAUAUGGAACUCUAUGUGCCACCAAUGAAGUGAAAGACCUCUCUCUCUCUCUCUCUCUCUCUCUCUCUCUCUCCCUAUCAUUCUCUCCCUCUACGCUGUGAGCGCGUCGGUUUCUCCUCCUUCCCCCUCCCGUGGACUCGUAGACACACCAGAGACUGGGCCGCGGGGGCGAGGGCCACACUAUGAGGAGGGAGAGGAGAGGAAACAUAGCAUAGCGAGGCACAAAGUUAGGAGGAACAGCUUUAGAUCCAUCAACCAUCACCUGUCUGACAACGAAUAAUAAAGAAUUGAGGAUAUCUAUUUUUUCUAUAGACAAAAACUGGACCAACUAUAGGCCUCUGUGGAUUUUUGAAUGGAAACUGAAUCGGACGUUCAGACAAAUUAAAUGGAUGAUGAUGUUAUUUGCAACUAACGGAAUUGGAUUGAAUAAGCCAAGUGGAAUCAAAAUAAUAGUUAUUCUCCCUCUGACAUUUCUAUAAACCCAGCUAACCUCCACACCACCACCAUUUCAGAAGUCUCAACUAAAAAGUAUGGAUUUCUCUAGCUCCCUGCCUCCCUCACCUUCUCCAUUAUAUACCUCCCCCUUCAUCCCCAACUCCUCCUUCCCCUCCUCCUCUCCAUACAUCUCUCCUUCCCCCAGCCUGGCCUCAACCGCUCUCUUCUGCUCCCUCCUGUCCCUCCUGGCUCUCCUGGGCAUUGGGGGGAACCUCUACACCAUGGGUCUCCUCAUCAGACGCAGGAGAGGCAGAAGGAGGCGAGGAUGUUCUAGCUGCUGUUUAGGAGGGAGAGGAGUACCGUUACCAUCCUGCCUCUCCUCCUCUCCCCCCUCCCUCUCCCCUUCCUCCUCUCCCACCUCCUCCUCCUCUUCCUCCACCUCCCUCCAUCUCCAGGUGCUGAGUCUAGCUCUGGCGGACCUCCUCUACCUCUUCACGGCUCCCUUCAUCGUGUAUGACAGCCUGGCGGCUGACUGGGCGUUUGGGGAGCUGGGCUGUCGCCUCCUCUUCAGCCUGGACCUGAUCACUCUGCACGCCUCAAUCUACACCCUCACCGCCAUGAGUCUGGACCGCUAUCGGGCUGUGGCCAACCCCCUGGCCACCUCGUCCUCCCCCUCCUCUGGGCUGCUCCGUGUGGGUCUAGCCUGGGGCCUGGCGGUGGCCCUCAGCCUGCCCAUGAUGAUCACCCUCCACCUGGAGGAUGGAGACGACGGACAGCUGUGUGUCCCUGCCUGGGACGAGCAGAGCUCCAAAGUGUAUAUGAGCGUGCUGUUCUGUACCAGUAUGAUAGGGCCGGGGCUGGCCAUCGGGGCGCUGUAUGCUACUCUGGGCCGUCUCUACUGGGUGUCCCAGACCCGGCCCUGGGACAGUGGUAGUGGGGGUAGCACGUCCUACCCUCCGCGGGCCCCAAGGCCCAAGGUCCUGCUCCUCAUCCUGGGGAUAGUUCUGGCCUUUUGGGCCUGUUUCUUGCCCUUCUGGGUGUGGCAGCUGCUGCCGCUAUACCGGCCCGACAUGCUGCGGACAGUACCGGUGAGUACCCAGGUGACGGUGAACCGGAUCCUAACGGGGCUGACGUACGGGAACUCUUGCGUGAACCCAUUCUUCUACACGCUGCUCACAGGGGGGAAACGACGGAGGAACACGCAGACACCGACGUCAGCGAAUCAGCUCUGCCGCAAGAGCAGUCCGCAGUAGUGUUUGUGACAACACAGACAGUCCGGUAUAAUAGACUGCUCUGGGGGCUGGUGGGCGGCUGCUUACAAACUGUCCGAUUCAAACACCCCCGUCUCCCCCUGAAAUAUCAAAGGGCAUUUCACUAUGUGAUUGUUACUCCAUAAGGACUAUACCAAAGACAGCACUUUGUAUGCACGUUUGUGACUGGACCAUAUUUCCUAUUUGGAGAUUAAAAAUGUGACGGGCUGAGCGAAAAUACCAAAGCCUCAAAACUUGAGAAAUAUCUCAUUGAUUGUAUCAAUUCACAAAAAUACCUCCACAUACGGGCCAUGAGUGGAGUAUGACAACAGGGAAGCAGCGUUUGUGUGUUAUGUUAUCAUUUAGGGGGCUUUAGUGGACCCGCGCAUUUCCAGUAAAAUGACACACUUCUAUCAGUCUGGAAUGCCAUCAAAGAAAAUGUUUUGCUUUUGAACAGCAACUGAUUGUCACUGGCCAUGACAUAUUUGGCGAUUUUUCUUUAAAAAGUUGUUUAUUGACACAGAGAAUGAUGUUUGAGGGGGUAGAGAGGACCUCGUUUCAUGGACCCUUAAAGUUUGAUAUACACCCCUAAAGUCAGAACUUUUUUUAUUAGCAAUACCUGCAUGUUGGGUUUGGACUUUUAUUUGUAAUGAACUCUGCAAUGCUUUGCAUGGUGACGAUGACGCCUGUAUUUAUAUCCAGUUUGGUGUGUAUAAUAUGACAUAAUAUAUCAAAUCAAAACAUGCUUUAUAUACUAGUGUCACGUUCCUGACCUAUUUAUGUUAGUUUGUUAUGUGUGUUAGUUGGUCAGGACGUGAGGUUGGGUGGGCAUUCUAUGUUUUCUGUUUCUGUGUUGGUUUUGGGUUGCCUGGUAUGGCUCUUAAUUAGAGGCAGGUGUUUGGCGUUCCUCUAAUUAAGAGUCAUAUUUAGGUAGGCGUUGUCACAGUGUUCGUUGUGGGUGAUUGUCUUCCGUGUCUGUGUAAUUGUUUGCACCAUACGGGACUGUUACGGUUUGUUCGGUUUGUGUAGUCUAAUUGUCCUAUUCAUGCGUUCUACUUGUUUUAUGUAAGUUCGUCGUUUAGGUCUGUCUACACCGUUUGUUGUUUUGUUAGUUUAAUCAAGUUCGUGUUUUCGUUUAAAUAAAUAUGUGUUCAAACUUCGCUGCGCCUUGGUUCCCUCAAUACUCCUCCUUUUCGGUCGAAGAGGAGGAGGACCGCCGUUACAACUAGAGUCUAUGUCACAGGCUUUCUGUUCCCUAGAGGAGAGGAUGUGUUCCUCCUGACCCCUCAGAAAAGAACACAACAUAACUGAAAAUAACUGGCGGCGUUGGAUGGACCAGUAGCGUCGGACGGACCGGUUGUGGCGGCGUCGGAUGGUCCAGUUGUGGCUGCUGAAGUCGCGUCGUCGGACGGACCCGUUAUGGUGACGUCGGACAGCCCAUUUGCAGCUGCCGAAGUUUCAACCCUGUGUUUUUGUUACAUAUUUGUUUGGUCUUCCUCCCGGUGCCCUUACACGGCACGCCGUAAUUUGGGUUUAAUAUAAAACCCUAUUACGCAUUCCUGCACCUGUCUCCCAAAUCUCUUCAUACCAACGUGACAUUGCAGGGCUAGAAAAAUGGAGGUAAUCAAACUAAAGUAUGUAGAGAUAGCCUGUAGCAUACCUUUUAAAUAUACAGUGCAUUCGGAAAUGAUUCAGACCCCUUGACUUUUUACACAUUUUGUUACGUUACAGCCUUAUUCUAAAAUUGAUAAAUGUUAAAAUCUUAAUCAAUCUACACACAAUACCCCAUAAUGACAAAGCAAAAAAAAAAUAUUAUACAUUUUUGCCAAUUUAUUUAAAAAAAACAGAAAUAUCAUAUUUACAUAAGUAUUCAGACUCUUUACUCAGUACUUUGUUGAAGCACCUUUGGAAGAGAUUACAGCCUCGAGUCUUCUUGUAUUUGGGUAGUUUCUUACAUUAUUUUCUGCAGAUCCUCUCAAGCCCUGUCAGGUUGGAUGAGGAGUGUCGCUGCACAGCUAUUGUCAGGUCUCUCCAGAGAUGUUGGAUCGGGUUCAAGUCCGGUCUCUGGCUGGGCCACUCAAGGACAUUCAGAGACUUGUCCCAAAGCCACUCCAGCGUUUUCUUGGCUGUGUGCUUAGGGUCGCUGUCCUGUUGGAAGGUGAACCUUCGCCCCAGUCUGAGGUCCUGAGUGCUCUGGAGCAGGUUUUCAUCAAGGAUCUCUCUGUACUUUGCUCCGUUAAUCUUUUCCUCGAUCCUGACUAGUCUCCCAGUCCCUGCCGCUGAAAAACACCCCUAACGCAUGAUGCUGCCACCACCAUGCUUCAUCGUAGGGAUGGUGCCAGGUUUCCUCCAGAUGUGACGCUAAGCAUUCAGGCCAAAAUGGUUUCAUCAGCCCAGUGACUCAUGGUCUGAGUCUUUAGGUGCCUUUUGGCAAACUCCAAGUGGGCUGUCAUGUGCCUUUUACUGAGGAGUGGCUUCCUUCUGGCCACUCUACCAUAAAGGCCUGAUUGGUGGAGUGCUGCAGAGAUGGUUGUCCUUCUGGAAGGUUCUCCCAUCUCCACAGAGGAACUCUGGAGCUCUGUCAGAGGGACCAUUGGGUUCUUGGUCACCUCCCUGACCAAGGCCCUUCUCCCCAGAUUGCUCAGUUUGGCUAGACGGCCAGCUCUACUCUAAGCUUACUCUAAACUUCUUCCAUUUAAGAAUGAUGGAGGCCACUGUGUUCUUGGGGACCUUCAACACUGCAGACAUUUUUGGUACCCUUCCCCAGACCUGUGCCUCGACAGAAUCCUGUCUUGGAGCUCUAUGGACAAUUCCUUCGAUCUCAUGGCUUGGUUUUUGCUCUGACAUGCACUGUCAACUGUGGGACCUUAUAUAGACAGGUGUGUGCCUUUCCAAAUCAUGUCCCAUCAAUUGAAUUUACCACAGGUGGACUCCAAUCAAGUUGUAGAAACAUCUCAAGGACGAUCAAUGGAAACAGAAUGCACCGGAGCUCAAUUUAGAGUCUCAUAGCAAUGGGUCUGAAUACUUUUGUUUUUUAUUUGUAAUACAAUUGCAAACAUUUCUAAAAACCUGUUUUCACUUUGUAGUUAUGGGGUAUUGUAUGUAGAUUCAAGAGGAUUUUUAUUUAUUUAAUCCAUUUUAGAAAAGGGCUGUAACAUAACAAAAUGUGGAAAAGUCAAGGGGUCUGAAUACUUUCUGAAUGCACUGUAUGUAAUAAUUGACAUGUUUAAAACUGAUUCCAUUAGUCCCAAAUAUUCUAAUAAUCUCAUUAUUUGAUUCAAUACAACGUUUAGUCAUAACAUCCUAUUGAAAUAAUAUAAUAGAAAUAUCCAUUUAUAUCAGUUAUAUCACCAUACUAUGGUUCUGUCCUCUGUAUGAUGUGACCAUUAACUCCAGAGUUAAAGAAACAGGGACAGAAGGACACUUGAUUCAAUCCCAGUCCCUCAGAGAUAUUCUCCUUUAGAUGAAUGGUUGAGUGUCAACACAGAUCCAUCAAGUAGGGUUUUACAUUUAAUUACAGGCCUGUCUAAUAUUACAUUACUGAUGAAUGAUGUUUUUCCUCUGUCCAUUCAAAUCAUGUGGCAUUCAAGGACAUAAGGGAGUGGUUGAAAUGUACACAAUUGUUACCCGGAGGAAAAUUGAGGAUGGUUGUACUUUUUCAAGGGGAGGGUUUAAUAUUUGUUUUAUUUAGUCCAGGGGAGGGUCAUGUAAUUUGUAAUUAAUUAAAUGUCAUAUUGCUCAGUGUUUGAGAAUUAGUUGCUUAUUAUAUCUUGAUGUGUGUCCAAUGCUGCCCCUUAUACCUGAUUCUCUGCUGGGCGCGCAAUAGAGUCCGUCUAGUGUGGUCUCAAUCAAAUGAUCCAUACCCUAUACUAUAGGCUAUAUGAAGAGCAUGCUCUGAGAAUCACAGGGCAAAGUUACAGUGCCUUCAGAAAGUAUUCACACCCCUGGACUUAUUCCACAUUUUGUUGUGUUACAGCCUGAAUUCAAAAUGGGUUAAAUAGAUUGUUUACUUUCACCCAUCAACACACAAUGCCCCAUUAUGACAAAGUGAAAACAUGUUUUUAGACAUUUUUGCAAAUUUAUUGAAAAUUAAAUACAGAAAUCUCAUUUAGAUAAGUAUUCACACUCCAGAGAAAAUACUUUAUAGAAAAACCUUUGUCAGUGAUUACAGCUGUGAGUCUAACUGGGUAAGUCUCUAAGAGCUUUGCAUACCUGGAAUGUACAAUAUUUGCCCAUUAUUCUUUUCAAUAUUCUUCAAGCUCUGUCAAAUUGGUUGUUGAUCAUCGUGAGACAACCAUUUUCAAGUCUUGCCAUAGAUUUUCAAGUAGAUUUAAGUCAAAACUAUAAAUCGGUCACUGAUAAACAUUCCGUCUUCUUGGUAAGCAACUCCAGCGUAGAUUUGGCAUUGUGUUUUAGGUUAUUGUCCUGCUGAAAGGUGAAUUCAUUUCUAGGGUGUGGUAUAUGUCACACCCUGAUCUGUUUCACCUGUCCUUGUGAUUGUCUCCACCCC